ACACCAACCAAGCAUUCAAAAGGUCCAUGAUGCUGCAGCGUGCAUACCGCCCCAAUGCCGGGGCCUCCCUACGGUUCCACGCCCCCGCGCGUACCAUCCGCUCUUCGGCUCCGCGUUGGACGCGUCCAAACUCGAGUAGCACCGGCCCGUCACCAAGCUCCUCCUCCAACUUACCAAAGUACGCACUCGGAGCUGCUAGCGUCGCCGCCGGCUGGUUCAUCGCCGAUGUGGUGCGAGAUCGCGGAAAUGGCAAGGCCACCAGCAUCCCUUCGAGCCUGAAGCCUGGCACUCUUCCCAGCCUGGGAUCCGGACCCGUUGACUUGGAUGCCCUGGCCAAGACACCGGUUGAUGGGGGCAGCUUCGAGACUGCGGAUGCGAAGCUCCGUGAGGAUGUCUUUGUGGGAUCUUUCACUGCUGAGGGCAAGCACACCCACGUCCACGCCGCGAGAGUCGCGAGCAACCACCCUGUCGAGGACGUCAUGACAUUCUCCCUUGGCCCGGGUGUUGGGAAAUCAGAGACAUUGUUCAACGGCGUCUACGAUGGUCAUGCCGGAUGGGCAACCUCGUUACUGCUCAAGAGCGCCCUCAUCCCUUCCGUGUCCUCCUCUAUCGCCCAACUCAGCCGUGGCACCGAAGACGCAGCAGUUGAAACAGCCAUCGUCAAGGCUUUCACCAACCUCGACGACCUCAUCACAUCCAAUGCCCAAAAGGCCAUAGCCGGCCUGAAAUCCGGCGCAGUCGAGCCCGCCGACUCCAAGGUCAUCGCCGCCAUCGCCCCCGCCAUCGCAGGCUCCUGCGCCCUCCUCUCCAUUUUCGACCCAGCCACCUCGACCCUUCGCGUCGCCUGUACCGGUGACUCUCGCGCCGUCAUGGGCUCCAUCGCCCCCGGCGCGACCUCGUACUCGGCGCGCGCCCUCUCCAAGGACCAGACGGGCCACAACAAGGAUGAGUUUGACCGCAUCGCCAAGGAGCACCCGGGCGAGGAGGCGGAUAUGAUCGACACCAAGAGCGGCCGGCUCUUCGGCAUCGCCAUCACCCGCGCAUUUGGCGACCACCGCUGGAAGUGGACCGCGGACGCCAUCAAGGAAGCCCAGAACGACUUUUUCGGCACCGGUGUGCGGCCCAAGUACCUCACGCCGCCGUACAUGACCGCCGCCCCCGUCGUGACCACUGUAACCGAAAUCAAGGGCCCUGAUUUUGUCAUCCUUGCCUCCGACGGCCUAUGGGACCAUAUUUCGUCCGAACACGCGGUGGAAUGCGUAUCGCGCUGGAUCACGGCCAAGAAGGCCGGCGAGAAGACGCCGCAAGACAAGCUCGCCGUGACCCCGGGCGUCAAGAGCGAGUUCGACAUGUCCGGGGGCUGGGCGAACUGGUACGCCAAGCCCGAGCACUUUGUCGUCGAAGACCUCGACAACGCGGCUGUGCAUCUGAUCAAGAACGCGCUGGGCGGUACGCGUCGGUCCCUCUUCACCGGCGUCACGCUCGCCUACCCGCCGUUGGCUAGGAACGUCAGGGAUGAUGUUACGGUUCAGGUCAUCUUCUUCCAGGACCCGGCCAAGGAGGCCUAA